GACAUUGGGGACACCAGGGGGGUCUCGGGACUCACCUGCUUGUGGUGCUGCCCCUCCUCUCCCACCCAGGUGUCCCUGAGCAAUGGCCCAGAGGUGAGCCCAGAGCUGUCCCUGAGGUGGCCCUGAGAAGAAGUGGAAGGCAGAGGUGGUGCUGAGGCAGGAGAGCCCCGUGCUGGGGAAGAGGCUGAGCUGGGAGUGCCCAGCAGCGAGAAGGUGCUGUGUCCAUGCCCUGUGUGCCAGCAGGAUUUGUCCUUCCCAAAGCUUGGGCAGAUGGAGGAGAAGGCUGCGAAGAAGACGAAAAAGCCACGGGCCCCUCAGGCAGGCCCCGAGCUGAGGACGGAGAGCACGGAGGACAAAUCCCCCCGGCAGAGCCUGGUGGGAGAGGCCGUUUUGAAGGGCUCCCCGGCGCAGGAAGGCAGCGGGGAGGAAAAGGCCCGGAGAUGUCCCCGGAGGAGGGGCUGCAAAGCCAGCCCAGGGAGCUCUGAGGAGGAAAGACCCGUCCUGUGCCGGGAAGGCGACCGGAGCCUGAGCCGGAGCUCGGAGCUGGUGGUCCCUGAGCAGCCUCCCAGCCGGGAGAAGCCCUUCAGGUGCUUGGAAUGUGGGAAGAGUUUCAGGGAGAGCUCCCACCUCCUCAGGCACCAGCACAUCCACACUGGGGAACGGCCCUACACGUGUAGGGAAUGUGGGAAGAGCUUUAGGGACAGCUCCGAUUUGAUCCAACACCAGCGCAUCCACACUGGGGAACGGCCCUACAUGUGUAGGGAAUGUGGGAAGAGCUUCAGGACCAGCUCCAACCUCUGCAGCCACCAGAUCAGCCACACUGGGGAACGGCCCUACAAAUGCUUGGAAUGUGGGAAGAGGUUUCAGCGCAGCUCAACUCUCCUCGUGCAUGAGCGGACACACACAGGGGAGAGGCCCUUCCGCUGCACCGACUGCGGGAAGGGCUUCAACCUGAACUCCACCCUCAUCAGGCACCAGCGCAUCCACACCGGGGAGAGGCCCUUCAAGUGUGGGGAGUGUGGGAAGAGCUUCACCCAGAGCUCCCACUUGACCAGACACCAACGGACCCACCAGUAAGGGAAGCCCCUACGAGUGCCCCGACUGCGGGAAGAGCUUCGGCCGCUGCUCCCACCCCGAAUGAGCCCCCUGAUGGGAAGGCAACCCCUGGAGUCCAGUGACUGUCAAUCCAUCCCUUUCCACCAGAAAGGGCCAGUCCCCUUUGCCAGGGGCAGGUUGUGCCAACAGAUCCCUUCUUGGGGGGUGUGUGGAGAUUCCUGCCUUGGCUGGGACCCCCCAAGGUCAGUGCUGGAGGUUGAGAGCAGAGAUCUCCCCAUGAGCGUUGGUCUGGGGGAGUUCCAUCCAUCUCUAAUUCAUAAUUCUUGCUUUGGUGCCAGCUGGAGUAGAAUUGCUUCAACAAUUGCUUUAGGGUAGAGCACUGUCCUAUCUUAUGCUGUAUUAGUGGUAGUUUUAGUGUUUCUAUUGUGCAGUAAAUAAUUCUGAUGAAGAUCUUUUGUCUGAUCAUUUGUAACCCUAAAGAAUUCAUUUCUAUCAAUAGAUCUGAUUUGCCAUGAUUAAAACCUGGGGGACAA